AUGGCACUCUCUCUACAGGUUUUGUUUGUUUUAUUCGAGCAUGCGUCGGGCUACGCCGUGUUUAAGACGGUGGCGGUCGAGGACAUUGGCGCAGAAUUGGACGAGGUGCAGCAGGGUGUCACUGACCUUUCGCGUUUCGGGCGGCUGCUGAAGUUGGUGGCGUUCCAGCCGUUUAAAUCGGGAUUGAACGCUUUGGAAAACAUGAACAGCAUCUCGGAAGGAUUAUUACACCAAGACUUGGAGACCUUCCUAGAAGGAACCAUCCCAGUCGGCAAGAAGGCAUCCAAAGUCACACUGGGCGUGUCGGACGCCAAGAUCGGCGGCGCCAUCCAAGAGCAACUACACAUCGUAUGUCAGACUGUCGAGCCCGUUCCCGAACUCAUCCGUGGCAUUCGGAUCCACUUUCCUAAACUGAUCAAGGGAUUGUCGGGGGCGGCGGCGGGAAAGGCCCAGUUGGGUCUCGGGCACAGCUACUCGCGUGGGAAAGUCAAGUUUAAUGCGCACAGGGUGGACAACAUGAUCAUACAGAGUAUCGCUUUGUUGGAUCAGUUGGAUAAGGAUAUCAACACGUUUGCGAUGAGAAUGAGAGAGUGGUAUUCGUAUCACUUUCCCGAGCUCAUCAAAAUCGUCAGUGACAACUAUCUGUACGCUCGAGCCGUCCAGUGCAUCGAGUCUCGCAAGGAUCUGACGGACGAGAAAGUGGAGAAGCUGGAGGAAAUCCUGAUGGAUGGAGCUAAAGCUAAAGCGGUGCAGGAGGCAGCAAGGACGUCCAUGGGGAUGGACAUCUCUCCACUAGAUCUCAUAAACAUACAGUCGUUUGCGAACAGAGUGAUUGCUCUAGCCGACUACCGUCGCAGUCUUCACGACUACCUUCAUAAGAAGAUGUCGGACGUCGCUCCCAACCUCUCUGUUCUUGUGGGAGAUCAGGUUGGUGCAAGGCUCAUCUCGCAUGCUGGAAGCCUAACAAACCUUGCCAAAUAUCCUGCAUCUACAGUCCAGAUUCUUGGAGCUGAAAAGGCCUUAUUUAGAGCCUUGAAGACACGUGGAAACACUCCCAAAUACGGCUUGAUCUAUCACUCAACAUUCAUCGGUCGAGCAACGGCCAAGAACAAAGGCCGUGUGUCUCGUUACUUAGCAAACAAGUGCUCUCUAGCAUCACGCAUUGACUGCUUCUCAGAGCGGCCAACGUCUGUCUUUGGUUCUAAGCUGCGUGAGCAGAUUGAAGAACGAUUACAGUUCUAUGAAACGGGAGAAGCGCCUAGGAAGAACAUCGACGUGAUGAAGGAGGCAAUUGCUGAGGUGACUGUUGAGGAACCGUCGACUGAAGAGACGCCGAGAAAAAAGAAGAAAAAGAAAGCAAAGAAGGAGGCAGAUGAGGUUGUCCCCAUUGAGACCGAAGAGAUGGAACAAGAUUCCCAACGAGACGCAGAAAACAUCGAGUCUCCCCCAAAGAAAAAGCACAGAAAAAGAAAGAAGAGUCAAGAACCGUCGCAAGAGAGCGGAACGGCGACCGAGUCUGAUGUCGCUGCGACCACAACGCCAAAAUCGGCCAAGAAGAAAAAACAAGCGACACGCACGACUGAAGAAUGACUAGACGUAGUCUGAGUGUUUGUUUACUUUAAUAACGACGUCAUCAACACGUUGCAAUGUCAUAAACAAUUUGUUCAUAAUUCAUUCCAACUUAGCCUGUAACACAAUGCAGUAAUUACUGGUCACGUGACUACAGCAACGUGAUCUGUUGUUA